AUGCGUGCUGUGGCCGUCGUGGCGGUGGUGCUGUGCGCCCUCUCCUUUCUCAACGUCGCCGCGGAGCCGGAGGUGACAUCGAAGGUGUACUUUGAUGUGAUGAUCGAUAACAAGCCGCUUGGUCGCAUCAUCAUCGGCCUGUUCGGCAAGGAUGCGCCGCUCACGACAGAGAACUUUCGGCAGCUCUGCACGGGUGAGCAUGGGUUCGGCUACAAGGACUCCAUCUUCCACCGCGUCAUCCCGAACUUCAUGAUCCAGGGCGGCGACUUCACCAACUUCGAUGGCACGGGCGGCAAGUCGAUCUACGGCGAAAAGUUCGCGGAUGAGAACUUGAAUACCAAACACUUCGUGGGUGCGCUGUCCAUGGCAAACGCUGGCCCCAACACAAACGGCUCGCAGUUCUUCAUCACGACAGCGCCGACGCCGUGGCUUGAUGGCCGUCAUGUGGUGUUCGGCAAGGUGCUCGAGGGUAUGGAGGUGGUGCUCCGCAUCGAGAAGGUGAAGACGAACAACCACGAUCGCCCGGUGAAGCCCGUGAAGAUCGUUUCCAGUGGUGAGCUGUAG